AUGAUCCUAGUGUGUUCUGGACAAGGGGGUGCAUGGGUGAAACAUGGCCGCCGUAGACCCAUCGGAGUCUCCAAAACGACAGAAAUCCCCUGCGGAGGAGGUGGAAACAUCUGGGGAGAAAGGCGAGGCGGUGGAGUCGGGAUGCAGCUCAAAUCAGAAGGAUGAAACGACAGAUAAUAAAACCGCGGCGAGCCCCGACGAUGAGCGGAGAGCCAGUGUUGGUAACGACGGCGGUGGUAUUGCCAGCCAUUCUGAGGUUAGUGUAGAGUCCGGUGCUGGAGCCGAAAAAACGACAUGUAAUUCAACGGAGGACCUAACAUCGGCUGAAAAAAUGGCCGAGGCUCCUGCUGGCGACCAGCGCUCCUUCGACUGGUCCGAAACCGAAGACGACGAUGAAGAGGCGAAAACACACAGGGUGGAAAAUGAUAAGUGUGACCCCAGUAAUGUUACAGAGAGUACAGGAGGGGUGCAGCAGGAUGCAGAUGUUGAUGAUGACAGUACAGAUGAUGCAGAUGAGAUUCAAGAGGAGUUGACCUCAUAUCCUGAUGAGAGGAGCACAGAGAAGAAGCCGGCUGAGGAGCCGGUGGGAGAGGUGGACGGGAUAGAGGAGGUGGUUGAAGGAGAUGAAGAGGCAGACCGAGCAGAGGACGCCAAGCCCAAAAAGUGCCGCUUGGUGUGCAAGGAGUGUGGGAAGAGGUUCACCCGCCGCGAGACGUUCAACCUUCACCGCCACUUCCACGCACACGAGGACGAGCUCACGCCCCUCACCUGUAAAGAAUGCGGCCUUACCUUCCAGCACCGCAGCAGCCUCAUUAAACACAGAAACGAACAUAAAGAAAAAGAGGAACAGCUCGCUGCGUCGAAGCAGGAGGGAUGUUUUGAGUGUGCAGAAUGUGAGAGGAUCUUCUCCACAGUGGAUAAGCUGAGGGACCACAACUGCUGCAACACAGUAGAAAAGCCUUACCACUGCCCCCUGUGCCGCCAAGAGUUCCAGUUCAAGGUGUCCAUCACUAAGCACAUGAUGAUCCACUCCCAUGAGAGCAGCAUGGUGCAACGCUACCAGCAGCGGUGUCACAGCGCCCUGAAACCCUACGAAUGCCCCGAGUGCGGCUUGGUUUUCAAACACUACUCCGUCAUGGAAGACCACCGUCGCAAGCACACAGACAACACACGCUCCCACCUGUGCAACAUCUGCGGUAAGACCUUCAAGUACAGCAGCCUCCUCCAUCAGCAUCAGUAUCUGCACACAGGCCAGAAGCCCUUCCGCUGCCCUGAGUGUGGCAAAAAAUUUGCCUUUGCCCAGAACAUGAAGGCACACUGCCGCCAGCAUAGACUGCGUGAAACCUCAGCUGAGCAGCCCAGCAGCAAGCAGGCCCCUGGGUCUGCACAGGAGGCUGUUAGAGGGGCGGGGAAAGAGAACACACACCAGAGUGAGGAACCUAAGCGCUCAUUCAACUGCCCCCUUUGUCCUCAGACCUACGGGGCACCGGCUAACCUGAGAGCCCACAUGCUUAUUCACGAAGCCGAGUAUGAGAUGCAGGAGAGGAACCCCAGACCCCCGAAAGAGAUUAGCAAGACCUGGGAGAAAGGACACUCCUGUCCCCACUGCCCAUGUGUUUAUCGUGAUGAAAACAGUUUAAAUAUGCACCUGUCAAGUGUCCACAAAUCUGUAGCACAAUACUCAGAAACGGUGGCACCACCACCUAAAAAUAAAUUCACUCCAUUAAGCAGUGAUAAUGUGCAGGGGAAAUGGAAAAGCGAUGGCGUAAGCGUUAAGUCGUACAAGUGUUCAGAGUGUGGGAAAACCUUCCGCCACCGCUCAGUGUUAGAGCUGCAUAUGCGCAUACAUUCCAAGGACAAGCCUUACCAGUGCAAAGUGUGCGGCAAAGGCUUUAGAUUCGGUAGCUACUUACAGCAGCAUCUCAUCAUCCAUACAGGCAAAAAGCCAUACAAAUGUCCUGACUGCGGGAAGGACUUUGCCUUCCUGCAAAACAUGAGAACACAUCAAAAGCUGCAUCAGGAAAAGCCCUUCCGCUGCACCAACUGUCGCAAAGGUUACAGCGACGAAAUCCAACUGCAGCACCAUAUGCUAUCACACAACGGUGACAAACCUCACAAGUGUGACCUGUGUGACAAGAGCUUUGGAUUAGCCUAUCUGCUGCGUGAUCACAUGAACACACACACAGGCGAGAGGCCUCAUCGCUGUGAUGAGUGUAACAAAACUUUUUCUUGGUUCAGCAGCCUGCUAGUGCACCAGAAGAUCCACGCUCGCAAGCGCCAGGGUUUCAGCCAGUUUAAUUCUUUCCCAAUAGGUGCUAGGAUGAGAGGCAGGGGUAGCAGGGGGAGGAGAGGGGCGAGACCCGUAUGGAGCUUAGCUAGACCAUUAGGAACCUCUGGGAUGGUUAGCGCUCAGCCGUCUCCAUAUCCACUUUCUGUACUGAGAGAUGCUGAGCACAGAAGGGUGGCCCAGCCACAGCCCUCGCUGCUCUCACCUCGCAUGGAUUUACAGGGUAGACAGCAGAAGGAGCCGUGGCUGUCCGAGCGACACCCUCAGCCGGUGCAGUGGAAGGUGGACGGUGGCGAGGUGAUGCCUGUCCCAUCGUCGCAGCAGCAACACGCGGCUCCACAGCAGACGCAGUUUGACAGCGUGCCGCAGCUGGGCCUGCAGCAGCACCAUCAGAGAAGUCCAGGCUGGGCAGAUAGCCCUUUGAUAACUCAGUCAGGCCCCGCAUCUGCUCAGAGUUCAGAGUCAUCACACAUGAAAGAGAGCGCAGCUGCCAUCGUCAGCUCAGUCACGGCAGCUGUGCCAAAAAAAUCCAGCCCAUUGUUAGUGAGUGAGAUGGAGCAGCACAGGCAGCCCAAGCCUGUUGCUUGGAGUAACGCACCCACAUCGACUGUGCUAGCUUCCACAAGCUCGUUGCAUCAUGAUUUUUCUACUUCCUCGUCUUACCCAGAUGGGGCAGCUCUGUGGAGCGUCAGACCCGCUCUGCUAACAAAUUCACAGAGCUCUCCAAAUAAGCUCGGUCAAGAGCUUCAGCUGCCAAGAUGGGCGAGUGCCCCAGUGUCAAUGCAAAAGGAGCGAUCCACACCUCCUAAAAAAGAGGACACUAGAGUGUGGGAUAUGAGUAAUCCUCAAGUAAUACCGUCGACUGUUAGCCAGCCAGAGAAGUCAUGGAACGGCUGCGAGCUGCAAAACCAGUGGGUCUCAGGCUUAGCAGGUGCAUCCACCUCAGCUCAAAUAGACCAAAGCAGUGCUAUGCCAAUUUCAACUCCAGUUUCUCACGGGGUAGGUAGCACCUUGUGGGACAUACAAACACCACCAGGAAUUCCAAAGACUAUAAACUCCUCUGAGAAUUUAGUAAAUACUCAAGAUUUUCAGCUGCAGCAAAAGCAGGUGUCAUCUGGCUGGGCCAGCGUACAGAGUCAGACAACAACACAGAAGGUUCCCAUCUCCAUUCAAUACGAGCCUCAUCGUUUUGGCCAGGGGUUGGGAUCACCAGUGUGGGGCUUCCAAAGUAAUCAAACACUGCUCACUGGGCAGCUCAAACCAGGGAGUGGGCAGGAGCUGCAGCAACAGCCAAUGGUAACAGGCACUCAAAUAAUCAUAAACCAGCCUUCUCCAUUUUUCUCACCUCCACUCGCCCCCCUCCCUCCUCUUGCUCUGCCUGGCCCACACCCUCUUCACUCUGUCGCAGUUGGCCCACUUCCAAGACCUCCACCCCCAAAUAUUUUUUUCACUCCACAGGCAGUUAUGAGCGAGAGGCCACACAUGACACAGACCCUGCCCCUACCUCAGCUCGCCCCGCGGACAGAACCUCACAAACUCGGACCCCGUUUGCCUUUUGCCCCAGAACGGCUUCUCCAGUGCAUGAUAUGCGGGUGUUCUCUUCCCCGGGAGCUGGAUCUACAAAUGCAUUACUUGCAACAUGCACAAGGAGAGAUUUGACAUUUCUACACUAGCGACUAGACUUAGUUAUGUUUUUUAUAAUUUUUACCUAGUGGAACCUCAUUUAUUUGACCCUCACUUGGGCAGUUUGACCAGUUGAGUGGAUGGGCAUUAGACACAAAAAAAAAGAUGAAAAAUAAAACUUGAUUUUAGUCUGCACACUUGAUGCACAUUUAAACUUUGUAAGCUCCUAAUUAGACCACGUUCUUUGUAAUAGAGGGUGUACUCACGUGCCAUUUCAAUUAGUUUCAUCGUCUUUUUAAAUGCAUUUAAGUUAUCCAAAUACUUAACUGGUUGUAACAACGUUUGAGGGGUGCAGAUUAAUGUGGUUCUACGGCCUACAUUUCAUUUAUUGCCAAUGACAUAUAGAUUUAGAUAAUAUUAGUACUUUUUUUAGUACCAUUUGAACUGUGUUUCUUCAUGUACAGUAUACUGUGUGCCUUUUAUGAGUACAGUCUGCAUGUCUGCUGUCUUGGUAUUCUAGGCCUAGUUUGUGCUUAAGGUAGACUCAACAAUGUGACCUCACUCCCAAAACACAGAGCAAGUCUUUCUGAGAUACCGUAAAGAAAUGUUAAGAUUUUGUUUUUGAGGAGGAGAGGAUGGGGUUGUUGUGCUCAUAGAAAACAUGUGUCAGAAUAUAAAAUGGACAGCUGACUACAUACGUGAUGACCCUGUUGGGAUUAGUUAUAAUCACAGGGCUAUUGGCUGCGUCCAAAUAUCUCACCGGUAAAGUUCUCAUCUUGGUAAUUUGGUCAGAGUAUCUGUAAACAGAUUGUGACGGUUACAUGUAAAGGUCAUUUCACAGUGAGAGUUCUCUGUAAAUUUAACUCUUGAGUGAUCAUUGGGAACAGGGAGAAAGUAGCGUCAUAACACAAUAAUCGACGACACUGUUGUCAAAUAGUGAAUUUUGUAAUAAAUUAAACUUGGAUUUGUGUGAUGUUUUGUCAUUAAUAUUUAUAACAAUGGCAAGACAAACAUGAAACUGACUAUAUAAAAUGUAUGUAUUCCUCCAAACAGCCCAGUCAGAUUUACCAAAUUUGCGGCAACGUGUCAAUACUGAUACACUGUAUAAUUAGACUUUAAACCUAUUCUGGGUGGCAACACUUAGCACCUUCUGUAAGCGAACAAUACUACGUAAAGUGUAUCUCUUACCAAAAUGACUAUUUCAGAUUGGAAUGUAGCCAUGUUUAUAAAAUUAGGUCCACUUUUGAGUACAAUGCAAUGUAUCUUUUGUGAAUACUGAAUGAUUUCAUUCCAUACCGUAGAUUUAGCUGAGUACAGAAUCCCAUCUCCUCUGUUAUGAUAAUGGGCAUUUGAGUAGCUUUGGUGGCCCAGUAAGUGACUGAAAACCUUCAUUACUACUGUAAAAUAAACACACGGUCCAUUUGUACAAAAAAAAAAGGAAGGAAAAAAAAAAGAACCGUCCCUGUGCGUCUUAACAUUUAGCGUCUUAAGUUUCAAAAACGUGCCCUUCUACCUCUAUCCACUGUUUUAGCAUGGAAAGAACUAGAAUUUUCCCAUGAUGUCUACAUAUUGGAUUAAAUAAAACCUUGCCUUUGAUUACAA